AUGGAGGUAGAGGCAAAUGGACAGAGUUCUCUCAACCUGCUCGAGACGUGGCGCCACCACUCGACGGGCGGCUGCCAUGAUGACCUCGCCGUCUCUCCGCUCGACUUGGCCUCCAACGACAUAGCCCAGGUGCCCCGGUGUCCGGAUCCCGAUCCUCUGUUCGAGGUCCUGCUUGGAGACGGGCCGUACUCUGCGGCGAGGCAGGGAGCUAGUCUGAGAGGUCCUCACCUCAAGGCGACGAUAUCACAGGCAUGGACACCACGGUCACGAAUCAAUGUUCCUUCGACAUUCUCCUUCACAGUUCUCGAUGCGAGGACAAAAUCCAAACCCCUUGACAUACGGCUUCAACCGAAACCCAUGGCCCGGCGCGGCACCAAGCGGCGCCGGGUCAUGUCUGAUGUCGACGGCUUUAACACUGCCGGCUUGAGCGUCAAGAAGCGUCGGCUCCGUGCCGAGCUCAUUACCAGCCGGCUCUCACAACCAUACUCACAGCCCGCGACACAUAUUCUCAACCGCGAAGGUCAGGACUCGGGCGACAAGCGGUUCCUAAAGAUGGCGACGACAUUAGACAUGGCCAGAAGAGUUGCCCACCUUCAUGCGACGUCCUUCCUACGCUUCUCAACCAUGAACCGGUUACGGAGGAGGUUAAGCCUGGGGCAACCGACAACAAACGCGCGGAGGUACGAGCAAGAGAUUGCGGCUAUUGCUUCCAAGGCCUCCGGCAAAGGGGCAUGGCGACCUCAAAGCCUGCUAGACUCGUCAGCGGGCAAGUCCAUAAGGGUCUACCCAGGAGGCAACGGAGUCGUAGCACCUCCAGGCGCAGUGUUACCGACGAGACCCCAAGGUGCCUUCAUGGUACCCAAGCCUGCCCUCCCACACGCCAAGCCCGUCCCCUGCCGGUUGUCCAAGCUGGCUGGCCGCCCUCUCUCACCUGCGGAGGUCGCCGCCACCAAGAAGCGCACAUCGCCGAGGAUCCACCCCCUUCGGUCCCCGGAACUGAGACCGACGGGUCCUAUGCCUCCGCUUGACGACCUGGAAGAAGAUAGCUUCGCAUACAUGCAUCCGGCAGACGACGACUGGGACGACGCGGGCGAUGACCAAGAGAGCGUGUACUCUGACUUUAGCGUCUUGUUUGGGCAGAGCGGUGACGGCGUCACAGACGGGGAGGAUGACCGGUCAUAUGAAGAAUAUCUAGAUGAGCUGGACGGCAUCUGUUGGAUGUCGAGGUAG